CUCAGAUCUGUUCAGUUUAUCUUGUAUGCUAUACUCAUAUCUUAGUAAUGCACUGAAGGUAAUUCUGGAGGUCCUCCUCAUAUUUGAAAGCCAAAUGUAUAAGAAAAAAAUAAGCGAUAAUUCACAGUUUUUGUGGAAUAUUCAAGAAAUUGCUGAAUAUGGAGACUACAGAGAUGUCUGCUGCCAGAAGAUCUUUCAUAGUGAUGAUUAACAUGAUAGCAUGGAUGGUUUUAAUUCCAGCCACUGGAUUAGGAACAAUCCAUUUUCAUGAGUGUCCUGUUCAACCAUAUCUUCCCAUCUAUCUGACUGUGAUUGGGGCAAGUGGUCUGCUUUCACUGCUGCUGUUGUACAUAAGGAAUACUUUGGAUGACUGUCUGCUUGCUCGGUUCUGCUGUGUCUUCAGUCUGAUGCUCUACAUAUUCAAUGCGUGCUGGUUCUUUGCUGGUACCUACUGGAUUUACUCCAUAUAUCCUCCCAACUAUAACCCUAACAGCACAGGAGACCACUGUCACAGGACACUGUACCUGUUUGCAUUUUGGUUUAACAAUAUAGGUUUUCUGUGCCUGUCCAUAAUGUUUGCAUUUUGUUUGUAUACCAUCUUGUACAACUGUGCUGUUAAGCUUGAGUCAUAGAAUUUAGCUGCAGACCUGUAGAUUCUUUCCUGUAAUGCUCUAAAAAGAUGCUGUAUUAUUCCUAUUGAUAUAUGAUUUUAUCAUAUAAAUUUGUUUUUCAAUGGUUGUUCAAUCAUUAAACUUCUGGAUGUUUUAUUAAAAUAAUGCAUUUAAAUGUGCAAAAAAUAUGAUCAUAAAUCUUGCUGAUAAAAACCGCGCCAAAAUCAAACAAAGGGAGUACAACUGUGUGAAAUUCCAAAGGAUCGAACUCUCAACUCCUAUUGGAUGAGGCACUCAACAGAACACACCUCAACUAUGAUGUCAUCAGGAGUAGAAAUACCUCGGAAAUCGUUCUCUACCCCGCUUCCAGUGACUUUGCGUGCUGUAUGUAGACGUAGCUCAUCGCUGCUCUCAGGUGUUGCCUCGUUGCACAAGGAAGUAACGUGCAACUUUAAACUGCGGCAAUACAAUCUCUAUCUCGCUGGAUGAGUUGAGAUUACAUUGUGUUCCACCGAACACUUUAACGGAUCUGAAGGAAACCGCCGAGCAAUCCGUAUCUUCAACGGUUUGCCUGCAGACGUGAAGAAGGAUCCCCUUUCCUCUUCAAUCAAGUUGACGUCACUGAUUUCUCCGCCAGCCCUCCGAGAAUCAGCAGCCGUACCGCCUGCCGACAGAGCGAGGAAACGUCUAACAGAACCAGGGUGGUGGUGACCAGACACACCACCAGGGUCACGCCAAGCCAAAACGGCAAAAUGUUCGCUGGCCAAAAGGAAAGGUUCGGUUCGAACAAAAACCCAAACAAGAAGGUGAAUGGGUAAACAAGGGUUCAAACCCCAUCAAAGAACGAGAUUUGAGAAGGGAAAUUGAGAAUAUAAGGAGAUGCUUGAUGGAGUUAGAAAAACAGCUUGACGCUCCUCCAUCAUUCACCAGGUCCACCAAUGCCUCAAAGGAACAUGGCGCUAAACCCCCGUCAGCAUGACUUGACAAUGUACCCACUCCCACUAACACCAAAGUUUACUUUGUAGGUUGGGGAAAGGGGAACAGGAGAGCCCAAGUUGCUUUCCAAAACAGUCACUCCUAAUAUGCCACACCUUCCUUCUCUGACCUUCUUGGGCUUCCUUGUCCAUAAAUGGCCAAUGCACACAUACAUCAGUAGUGGUAGUGGGGUGCAUCAGCUCCCACGCACUACUUGACACUGGUUACAAAAUAAUGGGUUCUAACACCUUUGUAGAGAUGGAUGGAGCAAAGCUCUCCCAUGGCAAACCGUUACAGACAGAGACCUGCAACGUAAGCAUCACAAGCUACACGCAAGUUAAGUCGUCUAUCACAAAACAUGCCUGGAUCGACAUUACCUUUCAAGGGAUGAUGCUAACACACCCUGUUUAAUUAUGUCCCUUCAAUACGGAACCACUGUUAAUUGGCCAAGACCUACUGAACUGACUGGCUCCUCUCAUUGACACAUGGGCUCAGGUUGACACACCGAGACAACUUGGUCCAGAAAACAGUUUGCCAGCCUCAGGUGGACAAGUUGCCAUCCAGAAAUCCAGCAGAGACUCCAAGAACAAUUACAGUGCCUGGGUAAAACCCUUCAGGGUACUAUAGUCACUGUAAAUUUGUACUCCGCUCUUUUAAAAUAAAAAACUUUGCACGCUUUAGGGACUUUGCAAAAGGUUAUCAGAAGACAUAACAUAUGCGUAUUGUUAGAGAUCUAAUGCAGGACAUCAUCAGGAAAAUUAGUUCCUCAGUCAACAGUCUGAGUGGUGGAAGGAUUCCAGCUUACCUGGUCUCCCUAGACCUUGUCGAACAAAUCCUUAGAUCUGCUACUACCUCCGUUGUGCAACCUUCACAGAUACACCUGGCAUAUAGUUUUGGCAGAGCAAUUCAAACCCAUGUAAAUCCUCAGAACCUUAAAAUAAUCAACUUGACGUCGCUGAUUUCUCCGCCAGCCCACCAAGAAUCAGCAGCCGUACCGCCCGCCGACAGAGCGAGGAAACGCCCCCUCCCGUCAUCACCCGAGCCUCGAGGAACCGAGUCGGAGUCAAACGACAGAUAAACACACGUUCUACAUGCGUCCCCACGCAGUCGAAGUAAGAGGUUAACAUCUGGGCAGAGGUAGAAUAUUUAGGUGUGUUAUUCUUGUGGAUCAAGUUUAUUGUUUGUACAGUUUAUGGACCACCGAAUCCACUCAUUGUUGCUAAUAAUACUCAAGGUAUUAAUGUAACAUACUGUUAUCACAAAUAAGAGUUUGCUGUGUUGUAAUCCAACCACGUUGGGCUGUUGUGUAUUUACGCCAUCGCGGAUGAGACCGGCACACUGUGUUUAUCCAUUAAAGAACCAAAGGCCGCGGGACGGGUUACGUGUUCACCGCGAGCCGUUCACCGUGUCUCUGAGUGAUAAACUAGUAGUUGCCACUCCCUCCACACACACACACACACAUCGUCCUUUCAUGUGUUAUAGGCUUAUUUUGGUUACAAUAUAUAAUCACAUCACUGUUUAGUUUGUAGUUGAAUGU